AUGUAUCGUUGCGCAGCAGGCGGCGAAAUGAAGCCUCUGGCAGCCUACACUGCCAGCCAGCAGCGUCGUGCUAAGUCAAACAACCGUCAGAACUCUGGAAUGAUCUGCAAGGAACACUCUCAGCCUGCUGGUUUGGAGCGCUAUUGCCAUGUCUGCUUACGAACACUCCCUAUUCACAAGUUCUCCUAUAACUCGCGCAACGAUGAUGAACCUCGCUGCAUUCAAUGCACAGCAUGGGACACCGAUGCCGAGCCUGGUGUUACGCCCAUUCCUCUGGCUACAGGGCAUGUCUCCGUGGAGGAAAAUAUCAAAAUCAGGUGGAGGGAGCCCAUCGACACGGCUGACUUUUUCGAGAAAGAAGACCUCCCCAUGGCACCUAUCACUGGACCUGAGGGGCUUGAUCUGCCUGCAAGCGAGUCCGUCAACAGAAUCUUUACCCAAGUCGUGGGCAACUCUUCCCGAUCGACCCGAACCUCCACAGCCAUGCCGACAGCAUCGGAAACCUCUAGUACUGCCGGAGAGCACAUGUCAACAACUUCUAGCCGUGUACCCCCUCACCUGAAAGGCCUUCUGCCUAACCUGGAAGCGUUAUCUGUUGAUGAUCAAUCUGUUUCCGCCAAGUCCAACGAGGUACAGCCGAAAAAUGUUGGCAGCACCACCAACAAGUUGCCACCUCACCUCGCAAAUAAGAAGAAGCCACUGCAGGAGUCCGGUGGAAGCAUCACUGGAAGCAUUUCGACGGCAACGACAUUGCGCAAUGAGAAGGAGGAAAUUACCACUACUCGGCAGAUAACCUUCAAUGCCUGGGGCAACGACGGACAGAAACACCGAGCCAUCAAGAAUCCCACAGUCAUGUCCAGCUCAACCACUACAGAAUCAGCAACUGGCGAGAACCAGAGUGACUCCAACGCCAUUGGAGAAACUGAGACUGGCUCCAACAUCGUUGGUGACUGGGACGACAUUCCUCCUGCACCGGAACCGCAGGUCCGGAAGGGCGGCAAAUGGCCUAAAUCAAGUGAACUUCGUAUCUCUCAGGCAGAGCUCAGAGAGCGGGAGCGACUGGGUGAUGAACGACAAAAGUUCGAUCCUGAUGACGACCGCCAGCGUCGACGUAAGAAUAUCUUGUAA